AUGGGUGUGACCGGACUUUGGACGGUUGUGAAGCCAUGUGCCCGGCCUAUCAAACUCGAAACCCUGAACAAGAGAAGACUCGCAAUCGAUGCAUCUAUAUGGAUAUAUCAGUUUCUUAAAGCCGUGCGUGAUAAAGAGGGCAAUGCUCUACGUAAUGCUCAUAUUGUUGGGUUCUUCCGGCGAAUAUGCAAACUACUCUUCUUCGGUAUCAAGCCGGUAUUCGUUUUUGAUGGUGGCGCACCAGUACUCAAGCGGCAGACCAUUGCAAACCGAAAGAGGCGCAGAGAAGGAAGGAGAGAAGAUGCGGCAAGGACUGCUAGCAAACUGUUAGCCAUUCAGAUUCAAAGACAAGCUGAGGAAGAAGCAGCAAAGAGAAGAACAAAACCACGCCAUGAGCCGGAGGAGGAACAACUGCCAGAUGAAUUAAUAUAUGCCGAGGAAACACUGAUGUCCAAAGCAGAGAGGCAAAGGAACAGACAGUUUCGGAAAACUGACGCAUACCAUCUUCCAGAGCUAGACAUGUCUCUAGCAGAAAUGGGUGCACCGAAUGACCCUAGAAUCAUGUCACACGAAGAAUUGGAAGCAUACGCUCAGCAGUUUCAAUCUGGUGAAAACAUCAACCUUUACGAUUUUUCAAAGAUUGACUUUGACGGGCCAUUUUUUCUCAAUAAACAGGACGAGCAAGUUUUGUCUGACGAUGAUGAUGAAGGUGAAGAGUUCGAGGACGUGCCUAUUGAGGGCCUUAACCGCCUUCCAAAGCUACCGAUAUUUGAACAAGGUGUCUUUGAUGGGUCUAUUUUUCAACAAAGACAAAAAUUAUACGAGUCUCGAAAGCAAAUGACAACCAACGAGUCGAAAGAGGGUAAUGGCAGCAUUGACAAUAACUCACUUUUUGUUGAAGAUGGGACUGAACCAGACACCGCUGGAGUAGCGGAGCUUUUUGAGAAUUUGGAGGACGAGGAAGACACAGACCUUUCAAGAGCCAUCAAGCUAUCUCUUGAAGAUGUGCCUGAUAAUGACCACCCUGAAGUCGAUAAGUGGGUAGGUAAGCCUGCCGCUGGCGAUCAUACCAAGGCGAUGGAUAUGCCGAAUCACUCAGAUAGUGAUGAUAAUGAAAUGGAGUUGUUUUCUGCCCUAGCCAAAUCUAAGGUUACAAAGCAACCAGCCGAUAAUACAAAGCCCUCACAUCCGUUCUCUGGGCCCCUACCAUUUGAACCUCUUAGAGUAAUUAGGGGGCCACGAGAACCUACCGGCACGACCAAGGAUUCAGAUGAUAGCGCUGCUGGAGGAUUUGAAAGCUCUGAAGCGAAGGAAGAAAAACAACAACCGCUCCCUCCAUGGUUUUCAGGACCAUCUGAGCAAAAGGAGUUCAUUUCAAAAGAUAGGGGCGAAGUAGAUCUCUACAGCAAGUCAUGGCAAAAAAAUAAUAUAUCCUCUCGCUCAAAUAUGAUAGAUAUAACAGAUGUUGACGAUUAUACGGAGGAUCAAAAAGAAGUUAUCGACCUUGACUCGCCUUCAGAUGCGACCGCCACAUGUUCACCUACUCCGACCGAUACCCAGCCACAUCUGUUACCGGUAAAUGUGCUGGACCAAGAGGAAGCGGCUACAGAAAACUCAUUAAAGCCAUCUGAUGCGCCUGAGGCACCUAAGAGUCCUUCAUGGAAAUCAAUUCUUGGGGAAUCGAAUGGCCCUAAAGAACCCCCCAAAGCCCUAGAACCAAUCGAUCCUAUUGAAAACAUACCGAACACCGACAAUAAGCCACUGAGACCAAAGGUUGGAGACACUACUAUACCAGAUCAAUCAAUUAAUGAGCUACCAUCUAGCCAUUCAGUUUCCAAUAUCGAACCUCAACCAAACGCUGAGAAUGCUGUGGUUGAAUUUCCCGAUGAUUUUGGCGACUAUUCUGACCCUGAAGAUGAUGAAUUAAUGCACCAGCUAGCUUUGGAAGCCGAAGAACAUGCCAGAUUUGCUUCAACUUUGAAUUCCAAGAGCCAGGCCGAAAAUGCCCUUGACUAUGAACAAGAACUGAAGCAGCUUCGUUCCCAGCAGAAAAAAGAUAGGAGAGACGCUGACGAGGUCUCUCAUAUUAUGGUUACCGAAUGCCAGCAGCUACUACGACUAUUCGGGCUUCCAUAUAUAACGGCUCCAAUGGAAGCGGAAGCGCAAUGUGCCGAGCUGGUUUCCUUGGGACUGGUUGAUGGAAUCGUCACGGAUGAUAGUGAUACAUUCCUCUUUGGAGGUACACGCAUUUACAAAAACAUGUUCAACCAAUCAAAAUAUGUGGAGUGUUACCUUUCAAGUGACUUGGAAAAGGAAUACACGCUGGAUAGGAAGAAGCUUAUCAGCUUUUCUCACUUACUAGGAAGUGACUAUACGGAAGGUAUUCCGGGCAUUGGUCCUGUAACAGCGCUUGAGAUACUCACCGAGUUUUCGAGCCUAGAAGAAUUUAGGGAUUGGUGGUCACAGGUUCAGCUAGGGAACAAAAUACCUGAUGAUACCCACGCUGCGUUCCGCAAGAAGUUUAAGAAAAACCUCACAAAACUGUUUUUACCUCCAGGAUUCCCUGACAAGGCAGUUGAAAAAGCAUACCUGGAACCUGAGGUAGACUCCGACCCUUCGGAGUUUAAAUGGGGCGUCCCUGAUUUGGAUGCUGUGAGACAGUUCCUAAUGGCGACGAUAGGAUGGUCUCCGGAAAGAACUGAUGAAGUCCUCGUCCCAGUAAUACGGGAUGUAAACCGAAGAGAGCAGGAGGGCACGCAAUCAAAUAUCACUGGGUUCUUCCAAGGUCCACAGGGCGCCGGGGCCUUCGCGCCUCGCCAACGUACGGCUGGCAAGAGCCGUAUGGAAAAGGCAUUUGGAAGGCUUAGAAAUCAAGCAGAAGCAAGACAAACUACACUGGAUUCGUACUCCAACAAUAUAGAGAGUCCUAUUCCAUUGGAUGAGAUUGGAGGUGACAACUCCGUGACAUCAGCGAAGACUCGACGACGGGCAAGGUCUAAUGCCACUAGCGCCUCAAUCGACAAAGAUGAUGAAAAAACCAAUAAGCAGCCCGCUCGCAAGGCCCGCAAAAAGACAAAACGUACGGAUGUAAACAUUUCCGGCGGCAACUGGGACAACCACCUUAUCGGUCGACAUUUUGAUCAACUCAAGGAUGGUGCUUUGGAGAAGCGCACGAAUGAUACGGCAGCGCCAGUGUUCUAG